AUGGGGAAAAAUAAAGCAGCUCAAUCUCAUUCAUUCACAUGCGCCCUAGACCUGGAGGAAAAUCGCAUUAAGCGUCUUGAACGUGCUCAGCGGCACGGAAAAACCACUAAUUCAUUAUGCUCAUCUACAUCUACAACCAAAUCCCUCGAGGAAUCAGAUUUUCUUGAUAAAUUUGAACAGAGCAUUGGUGUCUUUGGUGAUUCUCCUGUUGCAAAUGGAGAAGCAGGACAGAUCUUCGACUAUGGCCAAGGUCUUUUGAAACUUCAUUUGGCUGAUGUUAGAGGUGAGGCUCUCACGCUCAUGUCGCAUUACGUUUGGAAUUCCGCUCUUGUCAUGGCGGAAUAUAUUGAGGCUGGAAACGAACUUGACAUUCAGGGAAAGCGGGUGAUUGAAUUAGGCGCAGGAGCAGCCUUGCCUGGAUUGUUAUGUGUAAAACGAGGCGCAAGAUUUGUUACUUUGACCGACUAUCCUGAUCCAGUUAUCAUCAAAAACUUGGAGCGUAACUGGUAUGAGAAUCUGGUCAAGUCUGCACAGGAGAAAGAAGCAAGAAAAGGAAUAAAUAGCACCGAUGAAGAGUUAGUUCACAUGCAACGGCUUUUAGAGUCCACAUCAUCAUUCUGUACCUCAACAACCUCAGCACAAAGUAAUGAAAUCAAUGAAGAUUGGCGCUUAAUCGAACAGAACGUGAGAUGUGCUGUGCGCGAACAUAAAUGGGGGACGGGCGUAGAAGAACUCUUGGGUUGUCUGCAGAUUAACGAGGGCAGUAGCGCUAAUAAUAAUGAAAGCGAUAACGACAGAAAAUACGAUCGGAUUUUGUUAGCGGACACGCUCUGGAUGUCAGAAGGCCAUGUUGCGCUCCUCAACUCCUGUCGCGCUCUUCUUUCCGAAACGAAUGGAAAGAUUUUCCUGUGCUGCGGCUUGCAUACAGGCUUUACCCCUGUGCAACGAUUUAUGGCUUUAGCAACAGGAGAAAACUAUGGGUUUAAGAAGCGGCUUAUUGAGAUCCGCCGAAUGCCUGCUUGGGGUGAGACUAGGACCACUGAAGAGCUGAGACAAGAAAGUAGGAUGCUGAAGGAGCAAGAUCUCGAGCAGUUCUCAAUUGAAGAUCGAAACAGAACUGUACUUGUGUACGAGCUUCGUGUAGGGAAAUAA